AUGUCAGGCGCACAACCAGGGACGGAGCCGUCGCUAGCAGAUACUCUUCCCGCCGUCGAUUUCAACUUCAACGAUUUGCGCGAGCGCAUGGCGCAAUUUACAUUGCGAUUCGACGAAUUCAUCGAGCGAGGGAGGAAACGAGUCCUGGAGGAGCGAAAUGCUUUCCGCAUGAGCUUGGCCGAUGUCGAAGAACAAAAGCGCCAACGAAACCAGGCCAUCUCGCAAUUUCAGUCAAAGACGUCAAAUCAUGCACAUGCGAUCGCUAAGGAAGCGCAGGAGAAGGAAGAGAUGCAAGAUGCGAUCGAGUCGCUGAGCAACCAGAAGGAGGAGCAUCUGGCACGACGCGAUCAAGUCAAGGCCGAGAUUGCAUCUGUUCAGGUCACCGUACGACAGCGACGAGAGGCUCAGCUCGCGCAUCAACGGUCCUUGGAUGCCCAAGCGAGACAGAAUGCGCCCGAGUUGCGGUUUUGGGAGACAUGUCUAGGAAUGCGCAUAGAGGGAACGGGAGUCGACGACCAGCUAAAAUUUGUCUUCGUUUCCCUAGACGAGCGGGAUCCGGAGCGAGAGUGUUGGUUUGAGCUGCAGAUGGGAGGCAGGGAAAACGAGGUGGCAGCGACCAAACCACGACUGGACCGCGAUGAGGUUGACGGUGCACAAGACAAGCUGAACGGAUCGGGGGAUUUGGCGGGGUUUUUGAAAGCGAUGAGGAGUAUGUUCAUCGCUACAGUGCGGAGAACAUGA